UGAAACGUCAGUGUCAGAGUUGAAAGGACAAAGCUCGUCGUCACUGAGAAACAUGGCUGCUUCCCUGGAUGACAUGUUUUCCUUCUGCGUGGACCCCGGUAAAGUGUCCACCUGCGUGGAUGUCCGAUUUAUAGACAAUAUUAAGGGUAAGGGUCUCUUUGCCAGAAAGAGCAUCAAGAAGGGAGACACCAUUUUUCUUGAACGGCCUCUCGUGUCUGCCCAGUUCCUGUGGAAUGCUUUGUAUAAAUAUAAAGCCUGCGAGUACUGCUUACGUGCUCUGGAGACUGCAGAGGAGAAUGCGAGGAGACUCACCGGCAACCCUGGACUCACCCUUCCUCACCCGGAGCUCUGCCGUGUUCGACCAGAGCUGCACCAAGCCUGCCCUCAAUGCCAGGUGAUGUACUGUAGCAGCGAGUGUCGACAAGCUGCAGCGGAUCAGUACCAUCGAGUUCUGUGUUUGGGUUCCUCCCAGGACGAUCAGGACCACCCCAUCAACAAGCUGAAAGAUGCAUGGAGGAGUAUGCAUUAUCCCCCAGAGACCUCCAGCAUCAUGCUCAUGGCCAGAAUGGUGGCUGUGGUCAAACAGGCCAAAGACAAAGCACACUGGCAGAAGCUGUUUUCACACUUCUGCAGCCGGACAGGUAAUGAGGAAGAGGAGAUCGCCCAUAAGCUCCUAGGAGAGAAGUUCAGAGGGCAGCUGGUCUUGUUGCACAGCCUUUUUAAAUCGGCACUUUAUGAUGAGCAUCUGAGUCGGUGGUUUGUCCCUGAGGGUUUCCGCUCUCUGUUUGCUCUUGUGGGAACCAACGGACAAGGCAUCGGUACCAGCUCCUUGAGUCGGUGGGUUCAUGCCUGUGAUGCGCUUGAGCUUCCUGCCCAGCAGAAGGAGCAAUUGGACUCUUUUAUCGACCAGCUAUACAAGGACAUUGAGAAAGAAACUGGAGACUUUCUAAACUGUGAGGGCUCUGGACUUUUUCUGCUUCAAAGCUCAUGUAACCAUAGCUGCAUUCCCAACGCAGAGGCGUCCUUCCCCGACAACAAUUUCCUGCUUCAGCUCAGUGCCCUUAGUGACAUCAACCCAGGAGAGGAGAUCUGCAUCAGUUAUUUGGACUGCUGUCAACGGGACCGAAGCCGUCAUAGCAGACACAAAAUUCUGAGGGAGAACUACCUGUUUGUCUGCUCGUGUCCAAAGUGCGUCUCCCAGAUGGACGAGCUGGACGUGACAUCAGAGGAGGAAGAGGAAGAAGAAGGCGAGGCAGAAGGUGAAACAGAGGGAGAUGAAAUGGAAGAUGAGAUGACGGAUGUCUGAUGAAAGACUUGCCCUUAUUGUUCUCAACCAUUUCCUUUCCUGCCACCACGCUAAGCAACCUAAGGAAUAAAGACCAGUUCAAACCGUGAUCUGCAUUUCACCAGAACUGUCCAAAUGUGUGAAAAAUGUCAACGCAUUCCACUCAUUCUUUGUCCAGUUUCAGAGAUCAGCCACAGAACACUGUGUGGCAGCAUUGGGGUAGUGACAGUUUUUGGUGUUGUUUUUGCUUUACUUCAGCACACUGAAGGGUUUGAAUAAAUCAAAGACUAUAACUUUCAGGCUUUGUGGGCGAAUAUCUAAGGAUUGGUAGUUUUUUUUUGUACACUUGGGGACUAUGUAUAAAAAGGCUGAUAUUUCUAGACAGUUUAUUAAAUGUGGAUGUAAAUGCUUUUUUAAAUCUACAUUAAUUAAAAAACAUUCUAGCCAGUUGGGGGCAGCACCACCAAUUGUAAUCUUUGAUAUAUCACCUUAUUAAAGAGUAACCCCUUGGAAUCGUUCUGCUCAACAAUGGUUGAAUUCCUCACCUUGAAGCAGUAAUGUACAGGUUUCCUCCACUACCCCGUGACAUCAUCGUUGGGUGUGGUUACUGGUGCAACAAGAGCACAUUUCUGACUGCACCUAGCUAGAAACAACCGUGAUGAGAGUGAUGAGGAAGACUCAAAACAGUAAA